UUUUUGUUUUCAAUUUAUGCACAGCACUUGCUCUGAAAUUUGGGGACUGAGUACACCAAACACGAUAGAUCAGUGGGAAACAUCAGGCCUUUACAGCUUCUCUGAACAAACCAGAUCUCUUGAUGGCCGACUACAGGUGUCACAUCGUAAAGGACUACCACAUGUCAUCUACUGUCGUCUGUGGCGCUGGCCAGACCUUCACAGUCACCAUGAACUUAAAGCAAUUGAAAACUGUGAAUACGCUUUUAAUCUUAAAAAGGAUGAAGUAUGUGUAAACCCAUACCACUACCAGAGAGUGGAGACACCAGUCUUGCCUCCUGUACUAGUGCCACGGCACACUGAGAUCCUAACAGAGCUUCCUCCACUUGAUGACUACACCCAUUCCAUUCCUGAGAACACUAACUUCCCAGCUGGAAUUGAACCACAGAGCAACUAUAUACCAGAAACACCACCUCCAGGAUAUAUCAGUGAAGAUGGAGAAACGAGUGACCAGCAGUUGAACCAAAGCAUGGAUACAGGAUCUCCAGCAGAGCUGUCUCCCAGUACUCUCUCCCCAGUUAAUCACAGCCUGGACUUGCAGCCAGUCACUUAUUCGGAACCAGCGUUUUGGUGUUCAAUAGCAUAUUAUGAGUUGAAUCAAAGAGUGGGAGAAACCUUCCAUGCAUCACAGCCUUCCCUGACUGUAGAUGGCUUUACAGAUCCAUCCAAUUCCGAACGGUUUUGUCUAGGUUUGCUUUCCAACGUCAACAGAAACGCAACAGUGGAAAUGACAAGGCGCCACAUAGGAAGGGGAGUGCGUCUCUAUUACAUUGGUGGAGAAGUUUUUGCUGAGUGCCUCAGUGAUAGUGCAAUUUUUGUUCAGAGCCCCAACUGUAAUCAAAGAUAUGGCUGGCAUCCAGCAACUGUCUGCAAAAUCCCACCAGGAUGCAACCUAAAAAUCUUUAAUAACCAAGAAUUUGCUGCUCUUCUGGCUCAGUCUGUGAAUCAGGGUUUUGAAGCAGUUUAUCAGCUUACCAGAAUGUGUACCAUAAGGAUGAGUUUUGUUAAAGGAUGGGGAGCUGAGUACAGGCGGCAAACAGUAACAAGCACUCCUUGCUGGAUUGAACUUCAUCUGAAUGGACCUCUACAAUGGUUGGACAAAGUAUUGACUCAGAUGGGCUCCCCUUCAGUACGCUGCUCCAGCAUGUCAUAGAACUCCUUCCUCCACUACCAGUGGGCUAAAUACCAAGGCCCAUCAACAGACUUCAUAGAACAGCUCAUCUGUCGUAUUAUUUGUGUGUGGUUCCCAUGAACUGUUUACUGUACAAAAAGGUGGGGUUUUAAAAAAAAAAAAAACAAAACAACAAAACAGCACUUGAGGUCUUAUCAAUUAAAGCACCUUGUGGAUUCUGUUUUCUAUACUCAGUUACUAGAUUAAAAUUUAAUGUAUAAAAAUAUCUUUUUCAGAAAGAAGAAGGGGCAGUUCUAAAGAUUCUUAAUGUUGUUUUUAUUGGGCAUAUAAUUGAGUGUCCUAAUGGUUUAUCAUUAACAUGAAUAGCUAAGUAUAUAUACAGGUUAUGUGUCAUGAUCUCAGAUGUUGCAGUAUUGUGCUCUUCUUCAUUUCAGUUCCCGUAAAUAGAUGUUUGGUUUGUUUUUUGAUUGGGGCAAAUCUCUCAUCAAAUUCCAAGACUCGACUCCUUUAUUCUUUUAUAUUUUUAUAUAAGCAGAUUUUCAAGUUGUCCUAAACAUAAAGAUAAGACUUUCCUUUUAAAAAAUAAAAGCUUAACUUUUUGCUUCUGCCUUAAAAAAAAAGAAAAUCCCUCUGUUGGAAGGAAAAGAAAUGUCUGAGAUUUAUCUGAAAUCUCAAGACAAUUUAUAUAUGCUUAAUGGGGGCUGAAAGGAAUCCAUACUGUAAAUUUUGAGUAUCCAUCACACUAGGAAUCUACUUUUCCCUGCCCAUCUGAGUUGAUGCACCUGUUGCCAGCAAUAUUACUGUCAGUCAUCUAUUAGGGACUUUUUUGUGCCUUGGAUCACUGAAAUCACUGUUUAUCUCAUGGAAUGAGAAUUGACCAUAGCAUUGGAUACUAGAUUAAAUACAGAAGGUUAUUGGCUUACCCCUUACAUCUGCAUGCUUUUAUUAAACAGAUGUCACUAAAAAUCUUUUAUUUAGCUUUUGGAGCCAAACACGUUGAAAAAUCCUUUCCCAGGGUAAACUAGAAUCUUUUGCAUAGGUUUUAAAUAGAUGCAACUUCUUAACAUAUUUCAGUAACAGAACUUAAAUCGCUGAUCUGAGUGGCUUUGUACAGCUUACUGACAUACCACAUUGUACACAUUCAUUAUGUCAUAAUGGGCCUUAUUAUUGAAAGUAGUUGCUUCUGCAAAGCUACUAGGAUAGUGGUUGCUGAGUUAUGACCAGCAAAAAAAGGACUUUGAGGUUCUUCACCACAGUGCAUGCUAUUGUGAACCCUUGGACACUACAGCUGCACCAUAUCUGUAGAAUAUAUUUCAGAAUAUUUUUAAUAAGUCUGUGUUGGGGAGGGGUUGAGAAACUGUAUAGAAGGGUUAUUCUGACUUGAAAAAUACACGUCUUACUAACAAUCUUGUGAUCUAGCUGUCUGUCAUUCUUCUGUUAUCGUGGCAGUAGCAGGAUUGCCUUUGUACUUUCUCAUUGUUACACCCAUUACACUAGCACUAUACUUGGUAAGUACAGCUAGUGAUUAUUUAGCUUGGUGGACAAAACAUGGCCAGUGUUAGACCAUUUAAUCAGUUGACUGAAUUGAGGAUAGUCAUGGAUAUUUUUAUGCUGUAAUGACUAGAGCAUAGAAGCAAAAAAUACCAAAACAUCAAGCCUUGAGAAAGUGGACCAGCUGCCUUUUAAAAGUUGGCAAAGCAGUUAACAGAUUGUGCUAGUUUUGCCAGUAGAUUAAUGUAUUGGUAGAACUUGUGAACGUAAGAAAUAAGCUUAAUGUGUGUUGCAUUUGCCUAAUAUGUGAAUACACUAAUAAAAGUUUUAAUUCUCA